CGCUGUGUACACUACGCGGUUUUCUACGGAUACAGCUAUCAGCCCACCACAAAGGUCUCUUCCCCAGCCUCCCUCUUCUCGUAUAAGUCUCUUUUGAAAUUUUCCUCGUCCCCCAAAAUCAUUCUUUGCUUCUGCCUUCCUCUUCCCCAAUUCCCAUAUUGUUUCAUCCACUCGUUGCAAAUCUCUAGAGCCAACUUCCCAAGGCAGCUCAAAAUUCACCCCUCUCUUUCUCUCUUUAUCCUGUAUUUCUUUGGAACAGGGUACGCUCUUAUAAGAAAGUAUCACUUUCCCCCAGCUGCUUCUUCCUUUCUGCAUCUUUCUGCAUAAGUCUGGUCUUGUCGAGGAAUAAAAAUACUUUCUUUAGGGGAGAAAUGGUCCGCUAUCACCGGCACCAUCAACUCAGGAAAGGUGGAGAAUCCAUAAAAGACGACGUGUCUCAAAAUGAAAAUAAUGACCCUGGCUAUUGCAGGAGAACCAGGUCCAGGUUGUUCUCUCUCUUCUUUCUCACUCUCCUCUCCUGCUGCUUCGUCUUGGCACCUUCUUUCAUCGGCUUCUCUUUCAGUCUGCCCCGCUUGUACCCUCUUGGCACGGAAAACGGCCCGGCCGUGGUCGGGUUGUGCUCUUCAGUUGCUGGGGGAACUAUAUGUUGUGAUAGGACUGGCUACCGUUCUGAUAUCUGCAUAACGAAAGGGGAUAUAAGAACACACUCUUCCUCCUCCUCAAUCUUCCUUUACAAUCCCAUCGGCGUCCAUAAUCAUAUGACUAAUGCGUCAAGAACAGCUGUAAGUAGUAAACGGGAUGAUGAUCGGGUGCUCCAACAUGAAAAGAUCAAGCCAUAUACCCGAAAAUGGGAAACAAGUGUCAUGGACACCAUUGAUGAACUAAACAUCAUUUCCAAGAAAGUGAUUUUGGGUACUGGUAAUCAUAGUUGUGAUGUUCAUCAUGACGUUCCUGCAUUGUUCUUCUCUACUGGUGGCUAUACCGGCAAUGUUUAUCACGAAUUCAACGAUGGGAUCAUACCUCUGUUCAUCACCUCCCAGCAUUUUAACAAGCAGGUUGUGUUCGUCAUACUUGAAUACCACAAUUGGUGGAUUAUGAAGUAUGGAGACAUCCUUUCUCAUCUGUCAGGCUUUCCCGCCAUUGAUUUCACUGGAGACAACCGGACCCAUUGCUUCCCCGAAGCCAUUGUUGGUCUGAAAAUCCAUGAUGAGCUUACUGUGGAUUCUAGGUUGAUGAUAGAUAACAAGAGCAUUGUUGAUUUCCGAAACCUUCUGGAUCGAGCUUACUGGCCUCGGAUUGAGAGCUUGAUCCAAGACGAAGCAAAGGAAGCACAGGAUAGAUUACUCCCUAGAUCAUCAGAAAAUCAAGGGAACAAGCCUAAAUUGACUAUUUUGUCAAGAGCAGGAUCAAGAGUGAUAACCAAUGAGAACCUGCUAGUGAAAAUAGCAGCGGAAAUUGGGUUUAAAGUCGAGGUUUUAAGGCCAGAUAGGACAACAGAAUUGGCAAAAAUCUACAGAGCACUUAAUUCAAGUGAGGUUAUGGUUGGGGUACAUGGUGCUGCGAUGACACAUUUUCUGUUCAUGAAACCUGGUUCUGUGUUCAUUCAAGUUAUCCCUCUAGGAACAUCCUGGGCAGCAGAAACAUAUUAUGGUGAACCUGCAAGAAAGCUUGGAUUAAAAUAUAUUGGGUAUAAAAUCCAGCCCAAAGAAAGCUCUCUGUGUAAGAGGUAUGAUAGAGAUGAUCCUGUUCUUACAGAUCCAGAAAGCAUUAACAACAGGGGGUGGGAAUACACUAAGAAUAUCUAUCUUGACAGCCAAAAUGUCACAUUGGAUCUCAGAAGAUUCCAGAAAAGGCUGCGUCGUGCUUAUGAAUACAGUGUUUCGAAAUUAAAUACGCAUCUAUCUCAGUAAUCUUCAUUUGUUCCAUGCCUUCGUUUAACUAUUUCUUUUCAAUUUUUUCAUUCUUUAAUUUGUGCUACUGGCGGUUUGGUUUGGAUGACGCUUUUUCCUUCCCCUCAGCAAAGCAAGACAAUUGUAAAAGUAUACUUUUUAUUAGUAAAACAAACUGAGAGUAUAUAUAUUUUGGGAAA